AUGACGGAAGGCCAGGCGCUCCCCGGAGUCGGGGACUGGGAGAUCGACGUGGAGAGCCUGGAGCUGGAGGAGGAUGGCCGCGGCACCCCGCCGCGGGCCACGCCGCGGGGACCCGGGCCGUCGGCGGCCGACGGGGACGGCGAGGAAGACGAGGACGAAGACGAGGAGGAGGACGACGACGCGGAGGACGAGGCUGACGGCGAGGAGGCCGGCGCGUCCCCGGAGGUGGCGGGCCGGCCGGAGCAGCCCGGUGGACCGGUACCCAGGCCACCCCCUGCGGCCCAGGCGCUGCCAGCCGCCGCCGCCGCCGCGGCCCCCGAGCGCGGUGCCAGCGCGGGGGGCGGCGGCGCCGAGCCGCGCAAACUGAGCCGCACGCCCAAGUGCGCGCGCUGCCGCAACCACGGCGUGGUGUCCUGCCUCAAGGGCCACAAGCGCUUCUGUCGCUGGCGGGACUGCCAGUGCGCCAACUGCCUGCUGGUGGUGGAGCGCCAGCGCGUCAUGGCCGCCCAGGUGGCGCUCAGGAGGCAGCAGGCCACCGAGGACAAGAAGGGGCUUUCCGGCAAACAGAAUAAUUUCGAGCGGAAAGCAGUAUACCAGAGGCAAGUCAGGGCGCCGAGUUUGCUGGCCAAAAGCAUUUUAGAAGGCUAUCGCCCAAUAACAGCAGAGACUUACCUAGGAGGGACUCUUCCUCUACCUCCACCUGUUAGUGACAGAAUGAGGAAGAGAAGAGCCUUUGCUGACAAAGAGUUGGAGAACAUCAUGCUGGAGAGAGAAUAUAAAGAGAGGGAGAUGUUGGAAACCUCCCAAGCUGCUGCCCUGUUCCUGCCCAACCGUAUUGUGCCUGGACCUGAAUACAGCUCCUACAAAAGUGCCUACAGCCCCACCGCAGGGGAGCCACCGAGCAAGGACUUCUGUAACUUUUUACCAACCUGCCUUGAUCUCACCAUGCAGUAUUCAGGGUCUGGGAAUAUGGAACUGAUUUCUUCUAACGUCAGCGUGGCCACAACUUACAGACAAUAUCCCCUGUCCUCACGGUUUUUAGUUUGGCCCAAGUGUGGUCCCACUAGUGACACCCUUCUCUACCAGCAGUACCUGUUAAACACUACCACUUCCGUCCAAGCCCUGAAGCCUGGGGUCAGCUGGGACUUGAAGGGAACCCGAGUUCAGGACGGGCUUAAUGCAGAACGUGACAUGAUGCCACCGAAACUGGAAAGCUCCCUGAUGCCCCCUCAUCUACCAGAGGUCUCAACCUCAAGAACUGACCUCCAGGCUCACCAGGUCGUCCCAGAGAGGUCUGCCUUCUCCUCACCCGGGCGGAAUUUCUCACCCAUUGUUGAUAUGGACUGCCUGGCAGCUCAAGGGCACGUCUUAACCAAGAUCAGUAAAGAAAACACUAGGCAUCCUCUGCCACUUAAACAUAAUCCAUUCCAUUCAGUAUUCCAGCAGACGCUCAACGACAAACCAGGCCCUGAGUUGAAAACACCAUUUGUCAAAGAAGCCUUUGAGGAGACCCCAAAGAAACACAGGGAGUGUUUGGUCAAGGAGAACCAGAAGUACACAUUUACAAUAGACAGAUGCGCCAAAGACCUCUUCGUAGCCAAACAAGUUGGGACGAAACUCUCAGCAAACGAGCCGCUGUCGUUUUCUGUUGAAUCUAUUCUUAAGAGGCCCUCAUCUGCCAUCACUCAUGUCUCUCAGUGA